CACUCCAGCUUUGCCCGUCUUCGCAGAGACCCACGACCCCAUAGCACCCCCCGAAGGGAUGGUGGAGAGGCAGCCUUGGCCAUGUGAUUUCCUUGCGGCGGAGCCCGCGUCUUUACGCGCCCCUCCAUGGUGCGCGCUGCCCAUUUUAUUCCUACCAUCCUCUUAGGUCGCAUCCCUUGACUUCCACGUUUACUCGGCACUCCUCGGCCAGGGCUUUCCCGAUCCCGGACAGGGUUGCCUUUCUUAUCCCGGGAGGCUGGCUAAUUGCUAGCAGAGGAAAACCCGCCGCGGGGGGAUCCUAAACCCGGAUUUCCCGCCUCCCGUCUAGGAAAGGCGAAAUCCGGAGAGGCAACGCGCGCAUCCGCAGCCGCCUCCUGCUUGCCGGACGCGCGUUGCUGGCGCUGAGCGCACUUGCGCGCCUCUGCGGGCAGCAUCUUGAACGCACCUGUGCGUCUCCCUUGGCUAGGCUUUGGGCAGCAGCAGCAUUUUCUUUCGACCGGAGGAGGAAGACUGGAAGGACCCGAAGCCGCCGCAGCUGGAGGGUCUCGUUUCUUUUCUGCGCCGAUUCUUCCCCGCAGAACAAGCCCAGACCUGCUCGUGGGAUCGGCCUUGGGAGGGACUAGCAACUUGCCUCCGGGGUUCCCCAUCUUAGCCAUCGGGUUUCCUCGGCGCUUUCCUUUUAUUCGACGUGACUUUUGCUCGGAGCCCGGAAGCGUCUCCAACUUCGCUCUCCGGUGGCGCGCAGGAUGCCAGGCUCUUGGGGACUGCUGGCGGUGAGCGGCUGCUUUCUGGCUAUGGCUGCAUCGGCACAGGAUGACUUCGAUGACACCGUCACAAUGGAGGACCAGAUUUAUCUUCUCCUGGAGGCCAAACUUCAGUGCGAACUAAAUAUCACGUCUCUGCUACAGGAAGAAGGAGAAGGCAACUGCUUCCCAGAAUGGGAUGGUCUGAUCUGCUGGCCCAGGGGGUCUGUGGGGAAAACAUUAGCUGUCCCGUGCCCCCCAUAUAUAUAUGACUUCAAUCACAAAGGCCUGGCUUUCCGACACUGUAGCUCAAAUGGAACGUGGGUCUCUGUGCAAAGUUUGAACCGGACAUGGUCUAAUUAUUCAGAAUGCUUUGACUUCCUGCAAGCAGAAAACAGCCCAGGAAAGAGGGAAUUCUUUGAACGCCUCUAUGUCAUGUACACCGUUGGGUAUUCCAUCUCGUUCUGCUCUCUGGCUGUGGCGAUCUUCAUCAUGGGCUACUUCAGGAGACUUCACUGCACCCGGAAUUAUAUACACCUGCAUCUGUUUGUCUCUUUCAUGCUCAGAGGUACCAGCAUAUUUAUAAAAGACAGAGUAGUUCAUGCUCAUAUCGGAGUCAAAGAGCUUGACUCGCUGCUCAUGGGUGACCUGCAAAAUAUCAUAGCGGCUCCAGCCCUGGACAAGUCCCAGUACGUCUGGUGCAAGAUUACUGUGGUGAUGUUUAUUUACUUCUUGACGACCAACUACUACUGGAUCUUGGUUGAAGGCCUCUAUCUGCACAGCUUAAUAUUUGUGGCUUUCUUUUCGGAUUCCCAGUACCUGUGGGGUUUCAUCUUAACAGGCUGGGGGUUUCCAGCUGUUUUUGUGGUGGCCUGGGGAGUGGUCCGAGCAACCGUGGCAGAUGCAAGGUGCUGGGAACUCAGUGCUGGAGACAUAAAAUGGAUUUACCAAGCUCCAGUUUUAGUAGCGAUUGGGCUAAACUUUAUUCUGUUCCUCAAUACUGUACGGGCUCUGGCGACAAAAAUUUGGGAGACAAAUGCUGUUGGCUACGACGUAAGGAAGCAAUAUAGAAAACUAGCCAAAUCCACCUUGAUCCUUGUCCUUGUCUUUGGCGUGCAUUACUUUGUCUUCGUAUGCCUGCCUCACACGUUCACAGGGCUGGGCUGGGAGAUCCGGAUGCACUGCGAGCUCUUCUUCAACUCAUUCCAGGGUUUCUUUGUCUCCAUCCUCUACUGCUACUGUAAUGGAGAGGUGCAGGCUGAGAUCAAGAAGACCUGGGCCAGGUGGAACCUGGCUGUGGACUGGGAGAGGACGGCUCCUUGUGGGAGCUAUCGCUAUGGCUCUGUCCACAUGAACAUGACGCACAGCACCAGCAGCCAGUCUCAGAUGGCGGCCAGUUCCCGCAUGGUCGUGAUUUCCACCAGGGCUGGCAAAAACGUCACCCGGCAGAACGACACCCAGAUAACUUUGCCCGGGUAUGUUAGGAGCAACUCUGAACAGGACUGUGUGCACUGGUGGACUCAUGAAGAGGCUGAAAAAGAAGAGGAGGAGGAGGAGGAGGAGAAAAAGCUGGAUGCUGUUUCUCUUAAGGAGCCCUUUAUGCUUCAGGGCCAUUGCGCAGGCUCUCUUAACGAGGAGGUGACGGAUAGCAGGGCUGAAGUAGAGGCAGCACUUUAGCAAGCCAGAGAGGCAUGAAAGAGAGGCCGGGAAUUAAAAAUAAUAAUGGGCAGGCCCGUCUUCUCCUACCCAAGUAACUAAGCUCUGCAUCAGAGCCCGCCAUCUUGGCUCAUCUUCAUCAAAAGCUUGCUCAGACACAGCUCAUGUCAUGUGCUGACUCAGAUCUGUGUAGCUCACUGUCAUCGAUGGGAUCUUUGCUGUCUCAGGCCGAAGCGUCUCUCAGAGCUGCAACCAGGGCUUCCUCACCAUAGAGAGCAUGGGGUUUUCUGCAUGCAAAGCACAUCUUCUACUGAGCUCUUGAUGACCCAGGGGCCUCACAAGCAUUUCUGCACUGCAUGAUGUCCCUGUGUUAGCAGGAGGUUUUUUCUGCCUUAAAAACAUCAGGGGCACCAGUGAAGUCGAAAUUCAGUGGAGUUUAGGCAGAAGAGAAUUAUUUCGAUUAAUGGAAGCGUCACACACCAUUCACACACACAAACUUACAUAUGAAGUCCAAAUAAUACAAAAUCACUGCCAUCAUACCUAUCCCCACUAAUGAGGCCAGAAGUCCUUGCCAAUCAGAUGUGUUGCAGCAAAGCCAAACUCAUGUUCACAUCCCUUCCAAGAUGUAACAAAGGCCACCACUGAGUCAAAGAUGUGUGCGACCAUCACAUUCCCCCUUAACUGUAUCAUAUGUGCAUUUUCUCUCAUUGUUAUGAAUCUGGUUGAUCUCCCCACCCCCUCAAAUGUUUGUUUAUUUGUGAUAAUUGUAGGCUGCCUUUUAGGGCACUUGGCCUCACAUGGCAGAUUCCAUGAAAAGGAAAAUACAAUACACAAGUCAAAAAUACAAACAACAUAUCAACCACCAUUAAAACAAUAACAUAUAGUAAGCAUGAAAGAUAACCACAGUGUUUAAAAUUACAGUAUCAGACCAGCAUAAUAUCAUUAAAUCUACUUAAAUGUUAACAUUUCAGUCCCAGCAUGUUUCUAGGAAAAGGCAAUUCAGAAUAGGUCGGUCUUUAAAACUCACUUCCAGCCCAAAAGAAGGGGGGAGGCAAUCACACAUGUCACACCCAGAAAAGACUUCCGCCAUUAUGGGGCUACAAACAAAAAGCCCCCGUUUCUCAUGAAAGCCAGAUAAAUCUCAGUCAUGGACAUGUGAGAAUGGCCUCUGGUGCUAAUCUGAGAGGGAAGCUGGUCUUUCAAAUAACCUGAUCCAAAACCAUUAGGGCUUUGGAGAGCCAUAGCUGUAUCUUAAAUAAGAGCACAGUAAGAGUCCUGCUGGAUCUGUCCAAAGGCCCAAAUUCUCCUGUUCUUCUAGUGGCUGACCAGGUGCCUAUUGGAGUCUGCAAGCAGCGCUUUCCCCUGGUAUUUGGAGACCACUGCCUGCAGUCUGGGAGGUAAUACACAGCCUUCAUAGCUAGCAGCUGUCGAUCGCCUUAUGCACUGUUCACUUUUCAUGGUGAAUGCCAUAGGUUAUGUGUUGUGUGGAAGGAAAAAAACCCAUUUGGCCUCUCAUGCAUCUCCCAUUAUUCAACCACAUUGUGGAAUUUGCCUUUUCCUUUCUUUUUUACAAUUUUUUAUUGGUUUUUGCAGUUUACAUUUGUGUUCAAAUCAUAAUCAUAAAGGAUUCCCUGAUUCCUUGGACUUUCCUCUGCCCCUCUGUGGGUUCCAUUGACAUUCCUUUUUCAACUGCAUCUUAUAAGAUUCUCCAUUUUCUUAAAAUUCCCCAUUUCCCCAUAGUUCUUGUAACAUUACAAGUAUUGUUAUAGUCCUGCCAAAGUUUUUAGUUGCUUACAGUGUUCUCCAAGGUAACUUACACAUUUUUGACAUUCCUUAUUAAAAUUUCUGUCUUCUUGAUUUCUGAUCUUCCCGGCCAUUUUUGCCAUUUCGGCGUAAUCCAUCAUUUUUAUCAGCCAUUCUUCUCUGGACGGGACUUUGUCUUCUUUCCAUCUGCGGGCCCAAAAGUAUCCACACUGCUGUCGUCACAUACUUAAAUAGUCUUUCCUUUGGCUUUUCUGCACCAAAAACGCCCAAUAGAAAAGCUUCUGGUUUUUCCACAAAGGUUAUUUUAAGCAUUUUUUCAACUCGUUAUAUAUCAUUUCCCAGAUUGCUUUUGUUAUUUUGCAUGCCCACCACAUAUGGUGGAACGUGCCUGGAAUUUUCCACAGCUGCCACAGUUCAACAUUUUUCUUGUCUUAUCUACCACUUGUCUUAUCCUGGAACCCCUUGCCUUCAGAGCGGGUGCUUCAGCCUAGAACUACAGCCCAGAACAGUUAAUCGGAACACAGAAACCAACCUUAUAGCAAGCCUGACGGUUGAUUCAUCUAGCAUCACCUUUCCAGGGUUUCAGACAGGAGUUUGUCCCAGGCCUAUUUGGAGAUGUCAGGACUUGAUUAAGGAGCUUUAUGCAUGCAGGACGUUUGCUUUUCCCACUGAGCUACAGUCCUCAUACUAAGAACAAAGUACAAAGCUUUAUAGGAAAAGUAUGAUGAGGAUUCGACUUUGAUCUGCAGUGGAGAAGCUUGAAAAUACAUUAUCUCUCUCCCUCUGCUCAUUUUUAAAAUGUUAUUUAGAAUUUAAAGAAUGUGAAAGCAUCAGCUUGGGGAAAAAGAGGCGAAAGAAAAGUGUAAAAGACCACAGUUCAUCAGAUAAAAUACACAUAAGACAACAGCUACUGGGGGGAAAACAACAUUGCUGAAAAAGCAGAAGGUAAAUGAAAGGGAAAUACAAGCUUGGACUCUGGUCAGGGGUGUUUUUGUAGAACAUUAGUGGAAAUGAGCCUCCCAGAUUUUAGUAAUUUUAUGUCUAAUUGAUUUCUGUGGGGGAGGCAUGUGCUUGAGCAUGAAACCAGACUUUGGGCAUCAGGCCCAGGCCUUGGAACCUGUGGUUCCAUCAAACACUUGAGAAGAGUGAAGGUUGUGAUUUGGAGAAGAAAGGCAGCAGUCAAGACAGGGAGCGCUUAACCCAAUUGCCUCCUGCUAUUUCUCCCUUUCAGCAAUGACAAACCUAGACAGCAUCUUAAGAAGCAGAGACAUCACCUUGCCAACAAAGGUCCGUAUAGGUAAAGCUAUGGGUUUCCCAAUA